GUGAAGAUGGGAGCUGGUGGCCGAGCCUCAAGUCCUCCAAAGCAAAGAAAAUCAAAGGAUGAUCCUAUGAAGCGGGUGCCACAUGCCAAACCACCGUUCAGUCUUAGCAAGGUGAAGAAGGCAAUUCCACCACACUGUUUUCAGCGUUCACUGAUUCGGUCAUUCUCCUAUGUCUUCAUUGACCUUACCAUAGCCUCAUGCCUCGCCUAUGUUGCACUUAAUUACUUUUCCACCCUUCCUCAUAACCUUUCACUUUUGGCUUGGCCCCUUUAUUGGGCUACUCAGGGUUCAGUACUAACGGGUGUUUGGGUCAUUGCACAUGAGUGUGGCCACCAUGCUUUCAGUGAUUACCAAUUGCUUGAUGACUUAGUUGGCCUUGUUCUUCAUUCGUUUUUACUUGUCCCUUAUUUUUCAUGGAAAUAUAGCCAUCGUCGCCAUCAUUCAAAUACGGGUUCUCUUGAUCGUGAUGAAGUUUUUGUGCCAAAGACAAGGUCUAGCUUGCGUUGGUACUCUAAGUACCUUAAUAACCCACUAGGAAGAGUUCUCACAGUUGGUGUUACUUUACUUCUUGGCUGGCCCCUUUACUUGGCUUUCAACGUUUCAGGAAGGUCUUAUGAUAGAUUUGCAUGCCACUAUGACCCGUAUGGACCCAUUUAUUCGGAUCGUGAAAGGCUUCAAAUUUAUGUGUCCAAUAUUGGGGUUCUAGCGAUGUUUUAUGGGCUUUAUCGUCUUGUGGUGGUAGAAGGCCUUGCUUGGGUUGUUUGCGUUUAUGGGGUGCCACUGCUUGUGGUUAAUGGGUUUUUGGUGUUAAUCACGUAUUUGCAACACACUCACCCUUCGUUGCCUCACUAUGAUUCCUCUGAGUGGGAAUGGCUUAGCGGGGCUUUGGCCACUGUGGAUAGAGAUUAUGGAAUUUUGAACAAGGUUUUUCAUAACAUUACCGACACACAUGUGGCACAUCACUUGUUUUCCACAAUGCCUCAUUAUCACGCAAUGGAGGCUACUAAGGCCAUAAAACCCAUUUUGGGAGAUUACUAUCAAUUCGAUGGGACUCCUAUUUAUAAGGCAAUGUGGAGAGAGGCAAAGGAGUGUAUUUAUGUUGAGCCCGAUGAAGGGUCUAAGGGCAAAGGUGUUUAUUGGUACAAAAAUAUGCUGUAA